UAACCGAAAGCCAAAAAUAGAAGAUCGAAUGUGGAAGGGAAGAGAAAAAGAAAGGCGCGUGAUUGACAAUUCUAUUUUUUGUAUUUUAUAUAUUUGAAGAGAGAGAAGUGUGUGUAGCUGGUCAGCACUGACUUCCGAUGUUUCUCGGUAGGAACCACAAAUACAAAUAAUAAUAAUGAUAAUAAUAAUUUCUAUUUCAAUAUCCUAAAAUUAACAAAUAAAUGAUUUUUAUUAACUAUUAUUUCACCAAAGCUAACUUUGUGGAGAUCUGUUGGAGAAGAAAGCAAGUAUCCUCUCAUCCUUCUCCUUCCUCCAUUAUUUUGCUUCUUUCUUUCUGUGAGGUCAGGUAAGCAAAGCAUAUGAUAGCAUAAUAGCAAAGAGGAAAGGAAAAGUGUUCGUUCGAUGAAAAGAUAUAUAAUAAUAAUAAUUAGAUAAUAAUAAUUGUUUGAUGGGCAAUACAUGCCGUGGAUCUUUGAAAGGAAAAUAUAUUGAGGGCAUUAGCCAGCCCCACUCAGAAUCAGAGAAUUCCAAACGCAGCAACACUUGUUGUGAUCCCCCAGACUCAUCAUACCACCAAAUCAAGAAACAUUCCAAUUCCAAUUCUCCUCCUCCAUCUUCACAUAAUCAUCACCAUCCUUCCAACUUCAAGAAAGACUCCAUCAUCAUGCGCCGUGGCCCUGAUAACCAGUCUUAUUAUGUCUUGGGUCAUAAGACUCCCAACAUUCGUGAUCUCUACACUCUUGGCCGUAAACUUGGACAGGGUCAAUUUGGUACCACUUAUUUAUGCACUGACAAUUCCACCUCCAUUGAAUAUGCUUGCAAAUCCAUCUCCAAGAGGAAGCUCAUUUCCAAGGAGGACGUCGAGGAUGUUAGGAGGGAAAUUCAGAUUAUGCAUCAUUUGGCUGGUCACAAAAACAUUGUCACCAUCAAGGGUGCCUAUGAGGAUCCUCUCUAUGUCCAUAUUGUUAUGGAGCUUUGUUCUGGUGGUGAGUUGUUUGAUCGCAUCAUCCAGAGAGGCCACUAUACCGAGAGAAAGGCUGCUGACUUGACCAAAAUUAUUGUUGGUGUUGUUGAAGCCUGUCAUUCCCUUGGUGUUAUGCACAGAGAUCUCAAGCCUGAAAACUUUUUGUUGGUCAACAAAGAUGAUGAUUUCUCUCUUAAAGCUAUUGACUUUGGCCUCUCUGUUUUCUUUAAACCAGGUCAAGUUUUCACUGACGUAGUUGGCAGCCCAUACUAUGUUGCUCCCGAGGUUCUCCUCAAGCAUUAUGGGCCUGAAGCAGAUGUUUGGACCGCCGGUGUCAUACUUUAUAUAUUGCUCAGUGGUGUACCACCGUUUUGGGCAGAGACCCAGCAGGGUAUAUUUGAUGCUGUAUUGAAGGGACAUAUAGAUUUUGACUCAGAUCCAUGGCCUCUAAUAUCUGAUAGUGGAAAAGAUCUGAUUAGAAAGAUGCUGUGUUCUCAGCCUUCAGAUCGGCUGACUGCUCAUCAAGUCUUAUGUCAUCCUUGGAUAUGUGAAAAUGGAGUUGCCCCUGAUAGAUCAUUGGACCCUCUGUUCUUUCUCGUCGCUGUUCUUUCUCGUCUCAAACAGUUUUCUGCAAUGAAUAAGCUAAAGAAGAUGGCAUUGCGGGUAAUUGCCGAAAGUCUAUCUGAAGAGGAAAUUGCUGGUUUGAGAGAAAUGUUCCAGACUAUGGAUACUGAUAACAGUGGUGCAAUCACUUUUGAUGAACUCAAAGCUGGUCUAAGAAGAUAUGGGUCUACCCUUAAGGAUACAGAAAUACGCGAUCUUAUGGAAGCGGCUGAUGUGGACAACAGUGGAACUAUAGAUUAUGGGGAGUUUAUUGCUGCAACAGUUCAUCUCAACAAACUGGAGCGUGAGGAACAUCUUAUUGCAGCAUUCCAAUAUUUUGACAAGGAUGGAAGUGGUUAUAUUACAGUUGAUGAGCUUCAACAAGCUUGUGCUGAACAUAACAUGACUGAUGUUUUUCUUGAAGAUAUUAUCAGGGAAGUUGAUCAAGAUAAUGAUGGAAGGAUUGAUUAUGGUGAAUUUGCUGCUAUGAUGCAAAAAGGAAAUGUUGGAAUUGGUAGGAGGACUAUGCGCAACAGUUUAAAUUUGAGCAUGAGGGACGCGCCAAGUGCUCAUUAGCUUUUAAUUGUGUUCAUUAUGUGCAGGUUGUAUACAGCAAAGCCAGAGAGGGAAAAAUAAAGCAUAAAUCUUUACCAUAAGUUGUUUCUUAUCCUGCUGCUGCUGACGGAUCCUAUAUAUCGCAUGAAGAAAACUCGAGAUUGUGGAUGCUCUUGCACGAGCACUCGUCAAGUGUUACAUUUGUGUGUUGUAUGACUGCAAAAUUUGUUUGUGAGUGUGUAAACUAAGUGUUGCAGCUAUUUUGAGUUGGUCUGUUACAUUUCGGUGCUUUCUUGUUAGGGGCAUUCUGUUUAUAGUUGAAGUAGAAGGAUUUUGAUCAUUCAGGUUAUGAUUUUACGCAUGUAAAGUUUCACGACGCAAGGCAUGAUAAUGUAUUGUCUGAACUGAGAAGCGUAUUUGGAUUAUGUAGGAGGAGCACAUGAAAUGGCAACAUUUUAUAUCCCCGUACUUUUUUCUUGUUGUACUAAUUUUAUACUUCUAAUAAUAGUGAUAUUUCCUUUUGAAAA